CGGUAAAAUAUAAAAUGAAUGAAAGAAAUAAGGAACUAAGUUAUUCUGCUAGCCGAUGUUGUGAUACAACUGAAAUAACGCGAGAGACAAAACUGAGUUUGGAUCACGUGAUCCGGGCGAGUGAUCACAUGACCGCGGACACACCGAGGCCAUAAAGAGUUCUGGAAUAAUGAACGAGGUUUUCUUCAAGGAUCCCUAGUUUGGUUAUUAAUGCAAUAAACGUUCUUAUAAUCGCACUGCAUUGGAGUAAGUUAUGAGGAAUACUGAUGCAGCACUAGCAGCUCCUCGUUUCAACACCACAGUGAUCACAAUUCACACCAAUCCUUCAGUAAAUGCUGAAUACUUGUACCGUCUGGUCGACUAGGAAACAAACUGAGAUCUUCACAGUGUAAUAUUGUACAGCUGGAGUUUAUUAAAGAGGAGACUGAAGACAUGAGUGAUCCAGAACUAUCACAAAUAAAAAAUCAUGAUGAAAACAAGGAACAGAGAGACCCAUCGGAAAAAACAGAGGAAGGUGAAGACCUGAGUGAAGCGCCGUGGAGCCGUGAAUCAGACCAUCAGUAUCAGAUCACAGCUGGAGAAAAAUCACUGAGUUCAUCACAGAACGUCGGCCAACAGCGAACUAAAGCAAGCCAAGCGCGGCCGUUCACGUGCCUUCAGUGCGGGAAGACCUUCAAACGGGCCACGGAUGUCAAAGGUCACCUGCGCUAUCACUCGGGCGAGAGGCCGUUCACCUGCGACCAGUGCGGGAAGAAAUUCAUCUUGGCGUCGCACUUAAAAACACACCUCUCCAUUCAUUCAAACGAGAAGCCUUUCUUGUGCUCUAUCUGUGGCAAGAGUUUCUCGCGCCUCUGCACGUUCAAAGAUCACGAGAACAUCCACACCGGCGUGAGAGCGCACGCUUGCCCCGAGUGCGGGAACGCCUUCGUCACCGCCAACGCACUGAAGAUGCACCAGCGCGUUCACACCGGAGAGAAACCCUACAAGUGCUCGCACUGCGGCCGGAGCUUCAGUCACUCCGGAGCGCUGAAGAGACACGAGCGCGUUCACACCGGAGAGAGACCCUACCACUGCCCUCUCUGCGGCCGGAGCUUCACUCAGUCCAGUAAUCUGCUGACCCACGUCAAGAGACACUGUCCGAAGUCACGCUGAUCAGACCAGGACCACGUGUGGAAGGAAAUACAAUAAUCACCAGUUACUAGGGAUGGAACCAUGAACCAUGAACCGGUUGAAAAUCGAUUCAAAUCAGUUGAGAUGCUAAACACAUCGUGAUUCAUUUAGCGGCAGGAGUUUAUAUGAAUGUGUGUCUGAGCGGAACUUACUGUCUUUAGAAAAGUUUAGAUGGUACUUUUUCUUUUCAUCUUGCCUCUGUAUAAGGCAUAUUAAAGUUCAUAAGUGCAGCGCUGCCUUGUUUACAGCUGUAACC